AUGGAUGGCAAGACCAGACUACGAAAAGCGUGCGAUGCAUGCAGUAUUCGAAAAGUAAAGUGUGACGAAAGCGGUCCUCCAUGCCGGUCUUGCGCGGCCUUGGACAUUCCGUGUACUUACAACCGUCCCAGCAGACGGCGAGGCCCCCCUAAUAAACAUGCAGAGGCACUCAAAAAGCCAAAGACUGAACAUGAUCCAUCAGAGUUAUUGACAUCUGAUCAGAGCGCACUGGCUACCUCUGGGGAAUCUAUCUGCCCAUUGCCAACCUUACAGCUGUUAAUCGACGACUAUUUUACAUUUAUUCACCCUCUCGUGCCGGUUCCUCACGAGCCAAUUUUCCGUGCAGCGUUCUCAAGAAGGGAAGAUGUCACUAACAAGCGGUUUCUGGCGCUAUUGGCUGCUAUGAUAGGCUGUCUGGUAGCUUCAUUCCCACGACGACCCAAGCUACAUCUCAAAACUGACGCCGAGCGACACAUGUAUCCAAACUCCAUAACACUCGUCAAACGUUGUCAUGAUGUGGCUGUUCAGGCCCGAGGUGCAGGUUAUCUUGACACGAGUACCACAAUCGACGACGCUGCAAUUAGCUACCAUUUGUCUCUCUGUUCCGGUUACGUGUACAACCUACGUCGCUGCCGGAUGUAUCUUGGCGAGUGCAUGACCAUUCUGCGCGUUUAUAACCUCUACGCACCGUCCAAACAGAUCCAAGGCCCAAGCCCGAUGGCUGCAUCCCCUCUGUCUGGCUGGUCAGACCAAUUCGGUGAGCCUAAUAUACCGAUGGCAAGCUUACUUGCGCAGGAGCUAGGGAGACGGUUAUUCUACGUUUGCCUGGUUGGCUUUCAGACCCUCCAUCAACUUGGCUCAACGGAUGGACGCAUUUACGUACCUCCUGAAACCCCUACAGAUCGAUAUCCUCCACUUCCAGUUGAAGUUGACGACGAAUAUGUAUUUCCCACACAUAUUGACCCACAGCCUAUCGGUAUUGUCUCUCAACUCACGGGAUUCAAUGCCAACGUGCGUGUUUUUCAAUGCUACAACCCACUAGCCGCCCUGGAGAUUGCUUUUGGGAGCAACGAUGUCUUAGGCUGGGAGAGACAACGACAGAUGAUCUGGGAAAGUCUCCAAAAGGCUAAGAGCAUUACAGCAGAGCUACCCCCAGAACUUUCAUUAAAUCCCCAGGUGCAAAUCUCAUCACCUUCCAUGAACUGGCCUCCAUCCUAUGCUCGCGGUGGGGAGAAUGAGGAACAAAGGCGUCGGAAAAUCCAAUACGAGAUUCAAAAGGCGAACAUAUACAUAAGCCAAUUAUCGACACGGUCUUAUCUUGUUGAUAAAUACUGGACUCUGUUCGAGGGCCACAAAAGACUUCAGGAUCAGAAAUCUAUGCCUUCUGGCUCGCAGCAACUACCUUCUCCAGAUACAAUACCGCUGGCGAACGUCAAAAGUGAGGAGGUUGGCGGCGGGCCAGCAACCCCAGAUGCUGACCUACACGCCCAAACAGAUUUCGUCGGACAAGUAAUGCGAGAAGAGCGAGGCUUGGUGAUAAAAGACCUACUUUGUCUGUUAAAAAGUGUACAGGAAAUCCACAUCGAGCCGAACGGCGCCAGUUUUACAUACAAAGUCCGCCAAAUCGCAUCUACCCUCCUCAACCUCCCCCGCGGGCCGGACACCACAAUUGCCCACACAUCCACAUCCACAACAGCCACGGGGCCUCAACCACUCUCCACAGCCGAUGCAGAAAGCUACCUACGAACAUUCCUCGACAUUCUCGUACGACUCGAAGGCGUUGGGGUGACUAAUACCAACCACUAUAACCAGAAGUCAACCGCUACCCACAAUAACAAUAACAACCACAGCGACUAUCCCAACCAUGGCGGCAGCGAAGCUAGCUCUCCGUUUGACCCCCUUGUCUCAUUUACCGCCGCCCCUUCAACUGCCCUGCCAAGCCCCGACAUUACCCUGCGAGCAAUGAGUUAUGGGGACGGGAGCAGUGAGGAGGAAGAGGAGCUGAAGCAGUGGGCUAGUUUGAAGGAGUUUCAGAAGCGGUUUAUAGAGGAUGAGGGACAUUUGUAUUCUACCUAG